AUGGGCAAGCGCAUUUCGUGCGGCCUGAAAGUUAUUCUCCAAAUCCUCAAUGGUUUCCUCCUCGUAAUCUUUGCCAUUGUUGUAUUGUUUGGCAUUUUGCUGAAAGCAGUAAAGGACAUGGCACUGCAGAUGCAGACGGAAAUACUUAACGACUUCGAAGGUGAUGCUGAAGAUGUACGCCAAUUUGCAGACUUCAUAUAUCGGCAUGUCGAUCAAAUUGCCACAGUCUUCAUUGUGGUCGGACUCAUCCUAGUAGCAGUAUGUGUGUUCGGAUGCGUUAGUGCGUGCAGUAAACACAGCAUACUGCUGAAGAUAUAUGCUGCCAUUCUGAUUGUUCUACUCGUCGUAGAAGUAAUUGCUGCUGCUGUGGCCUACUCCAAUCCCAUCAGACUUGCUAGUGGGCUUCUCCACUCAACGGAAACACUUCUCAUGUCAUACGGGAAUGAGAGUGUGGAGGGAAGAAAAUCGACUGCCAUAUUGAACGUGCUGAUGACGAGCGUCCCUCAAUGUUGCGGCAUGGAUGGCUACGAGGAUUUUGUAGACUUAACGCAAAGCUUGCCACUUCCAUGUUGCAAUAUCACGACUGGCAAUUGUGAUCAAGGAAAAGCACAAAGUGCCAAUGUGACAGGAUGCAGAGGCAAAAUUGCAGAGAAUUACGUGGCUAGUUUAAGGGCUUCAAUGUACCUCUCCAUUGUCUCCAUUCUGUUCCUGGUAGCACUCAUCAUAGUCACGAUGCUCAUCAUCUUCACCAAUCGUGUGGAAAAGGAAGAAGAAGUCCAGGGCCAAAUUUGA